GCUCCUACAACCCAGAGCACAACCACAAGUACAAGCGCUCAUACAACCGAGAGCACAACCACAACUACAAGCAGUCCAACAACCGAGAGCACAACUACAACUACAAGCACUCCAACAACCGAGAGCACAACUACAAGCGGUCCUACAACCGAUAGAACAACCACAAGCACUCCUACAACCGAGAGCACAACCACAACUACAAGCGUUGCUACAACCGAGAGCACAACCACAAGCGCUCCUGCAACUGAGAGCACAACCACAAGUGCUUCUACAACUGAGAGCACAACUACAAGUGCUCCUAGCACAACUACAACUACAAGCACUUCUACAACUGAGAGCACAACCACAAGUGCUACUACAACUGAAAACACAACUACAAGUGCUCCUGCAACCGAGAGCAUAACCACAACUACAAGCGCUCCUACAACCGAGAGCACAACUACAAGCGCUCCUACAACUGAGAGCACAACUACAACUACAAGCACUACAACUGAGAGCACAACCACAACUGGCGCUCCUACAACCGAGAGCACAACCACAAUUACAAGCGCUCCUACAACUGAGAGCACAACC